AUGACUCAGAUACCUGCUGACUACCUGUCAACCACCAGCUCCUACAACUAUGAGCAGCCCCUUACCUCUGUGGCUCGGACAAGCACUGUCACCAAGGUACUCCCAGCCAAAAAAAUAACCUUCUUCAAGAGUGGAGAUCCUCAGUUUGCAGGAGUCAAGAUGGCCAUCAACCAGAGAAGCUUCAAGAGCUUCAAUGCACUCAUGGAUGACCUCUCUCAUCGGGUUCCACUGCCAUUUGGGGUACGGACUAUCACCACCCCACGAGGAAUACAUUGCAUCAGUGAGCUGGACCAACUAGAGGAUGGAGGAUGCUACCUUUGCUCCGACAAGAAAUAUGUCAAGCCUAUUAGCAUUACUUCUGGGGGACACAGGCCAGGCCCUCCACGAAAUGGUCGUCCCUCCAGUACCUUGAGAAGAGCAGCUCAGGAGGGCAAGCUUGAAGAUUAUUCUACACCUUUCACUCAUCAUGGCCCCAGAAUACCAAAGAAAAUCACACUAGUUAAGAACGGUGAAAGUAGUUUUCGUCGUUCAAUCAUCUUGAACCGCAGAAAUGCCCGGAGUUUCAAAACACUUCUGGAUGAGAUUUCUGAGAUCCUGCAGUUCCCAGUGAAGAAGCUCUACACUGUUGAUGGGAAGAAGAUCGACAGCAUGCAGGCUCUACUUCACUGCCCCAAUGUGCUGGUGUGUGUCGGCCGGGAGCCAUUUAAACCUGUAUUGAUGGAGAAUUUGAGGAAACACUCAGUGGAGAAGCUGCCCAACCUGGUUCCCCGUUCCAACAGCAACAAUGUCAAUGAAAACAAUGAAAUGGACUUUGGACUGAAAGCCAAAAAAAGUGUUAUCCAUCCACGGACAGCAUCAAGCAAUAGGUCAAUGAGAUUUUCUUUAUCAUCAGAAAAAUCAUAUCCUAAUGGUCUUGCUGCCUCACCAGACAACAGUGUACCUUUCUCAAACAGUUGUUCGCAUCCAAAACCUGGGGACCUGGUCCAUUCCUUGGUCAACGAUGACAUAGAAAAACGGGUACAUGUGAACAAGGAUGGUAGCUUGUCCGUUGAGAUGAAAGUCCGCUUCCGCUUGCUGAAUGAUGAGACUUUGCAGUGGUCCACCCAGAUCAAAAAGUCCAAUCUGAUGAACCAGAUGCCUUGCGAAGAGUCAGGAGUAGAGGAGGACAAUGGAGUACACUCCAUACAGAAGAUGAACCCAGAAGCCAGCUCAGAGGCAGAUGAGUCAUUAUAUCCCUGUGAUAUUGAUUCUUACAUGUCAAAACUUGAGGAAUCGGAAUGUGAUGAGGCUCAUUGUCAUAGCUGUGGAAAGAAACACCAAGACUAUGACAUCUGGAAAAACCCCAUGCACACAUCCCAGAGAGGAGAGCCCAGUGUACGAAGCACCUGGCACACACGAUCAUCAUGCUCCAGCACGUCUUCCCGGAGGAGGGUAAUUCACAAAAAAAUGGCUUCUGUGGAUAGCCUCCGCACCACAUCCAGUGAGGAAUUCUCUGAGCACAUUGUGCAGGAGUCCUCAUCCUACUCAGAGACUAUAGAGAAUAGAGUAGCAUAUCGAUCCAUUAAAAAGUGUAUGUGUCGAAGUGAUUUGUCUACAGGUGCUUCCAAUGGCGAAGACCAGCAAGAACACACUCGGACAAGCACGAGCAAUAGUCAGAGACCUUCAUCCUUGGGUUUAAUGUCACAUUCAAGCUGUGAAAACAACCUGGAUACUCAAGAAACCCCUGAAGACCAUGAGGCCAGCAAAACCAAUUCACAAAAUGAAGAUGAAAGUUGUUUUGAAGUCUCCUCUGUGAAGUGCUUAAAGGAUGAUGUGGAAGACAUUGAAAGCAGCAGAGCUGGGAGUGGCAUGUCAAGGUCAUCUCUGCAGUCCAGAAAAAGCAAGAAGAAUGUAUGUGCGGAAACAAGUAGCAUGGGUAGGAGCAUGUCCUCCUCAAGCCUUCAGAAGGCAAAUCAAGAAGAUAACACUAGAUCCUCCACUCCUGCUGACAGUGUGCACAGCAAGUCUAGUAACUGUACCACGCCAAGAGCAAAGAUUGAACAGGAUGACCAUUCUGAUGACAAUGCAGUGGUGUCCUCUUUCUCCAGUGAGUCCAGCCCUAAGAAAGAGGCUGAAGAGGCUGAAGCAGAACAAGAAGAAAAUGAAAUCAAUGAAGUCAGCUCAGUGUCAGCAAAAACAAAGCCCAGUCAAUCAGUUAGAGAUGAAAGCAGUGAAGGUGAACGAUGCUCUACACAAGGAACCCCUCAUUCCAGAGCUAGUGACAGGAACAGCAAGAGAAGUGACAGUGAUGAGGUCAUUCUGUGCAAUGCUUCUUGCUCCUCCAGAGGAUCCAAAAAGAGCAAACACAGCCAUAUUCAUUUGGAUGCACGGUCUGAAAUGUCUGUGUCUUCACUUGAAUCUACUCUGAAUAAAAAGAAGAAUUCCCUCCAUGCAGAUGAUCUGAGAUCAUGCAGCAGGACAUCUAAUUACUCCAAAAGCUCAUGUGAAAUCAAAAAGAAGUCUAUUGGAGACCCCAUGUCUCAUAAGUCAGGAUCUUUUCAUUCAAACAUUUCAUCUGUUAGUGAAAGAGAGGCAACUGCUGGUUUUACAGAGAAGAAAAGCUUGAAAAGUACCACCAAUGGCUACAGUGAGUCUUCAAAAGGCUCAAAGAAGAGAAGCCAUAGGGAAGAAAAUAGCAAAUCAUCAUCUGUCUGCUCAAGUGUUUCAAGCCCUAAUGGAAAAGCUGGAGAGGGUCAUUCCAAGAUUAAUUCAGAGGCCCCUUCUUCAAGACAGGCAAGUAUGAGUGAGAGUGUAUGUUCAAAAGUUGACCAUUCAGCUGAGACUGGCAUUAAGAAUGGAAAUACUGCAAGUGCCUCUUCAAGAGUCUCAUCAAAGUCAGAAAUAAAAGAUAAAUGCUUGUUAACACAUAUAGCCCAGGAAAGUGAUGAUAGGUGUUCACAAUCAAACAUAUCUAAAUAUUCAAAAUCAAGGCAGAUAAAAACUGGAAAUCUUCGUGUGGAGAUGUCAAACUCCAGCCAAGCAUCACUGCCUGACACUAUGUCAGUAUGCAGUAUGCACUGCCCUGCCCCACCAAAAGGGAAGCCGAACAGCAAAAAAAUUCGUUCAACCAUGUUCAAGAACUCCUCCAUUAGCAGCAUAGGUACUGAGUCAGUGAUGACCCCACGAAAAGAGCAGAAAGAAAUUAUUGAUUCCUCCAAAGCAACUUCCUAUGGGUCUAAAUCAGCUGCAAUUGAAAUAAAUGACCAGAAGAGUAAAGAGAUUGAUGGUUCUUGCAAUAAAAAAGUGGAAGAAGAUUUAGAAGGCAUGGACAUGGAAGAGGAAGGGAGUGAAUUAGUGCCAUCUAAUCUACCAAAUACAUCUCCAGAAGAGGUUGUGCAAGAAUGGCUAAGUAAAAUCCCUUCAGAGACAUUGCUUAUGAAAUAUGAAAUGGAGGAUAAUGUAGAAGAAGAAUGUAUGGAGGCAACCACUGAGGUAUCAUACUGCUCAAAUGCUGAGGAAAUCUCAGAGGAUGAAAAAGCUGAGAAAAAGAAUAUGGAGGAGGUUGAAAAUGAGCCAAAGGAAGAAGUGGGAAAAGAGGCAGCAGAAGUUACAGCUAUUAAUGAAGAAGCUGAAGAAUGUGUGAAUCAGGAACAAAUCUCUGAGGUUGUGUCCGAAGCUGCCAAAGCUGACCAGGCAGAACGCAGCCAGUCAGGUACAUCCCAACAAAAUAGCAACAGAAGAGACCUGCCAACCACUGUCCAGACUUCAGUCCAGAUCAUGAAGGCCUUGCUUAGUUCAAAACAUGAAACAAAAUUUGACCGAUCAAACAGUUUGCCUGAAGUGUCCCCUACUAUGGGGAGGAAGCUGAGUAACUCUGCCAGCAUUCUGAUUACUUGUCUUGCCAGUCUCCAGCUCCUCGAUGAAGAGUCAGAAGGUCCAUCAGAUAAAUCAAAAUGUUUGAAUAAGUCAAGGUAUAUGGAGCUGCUAAAUGUUUUUCAAGCCCUGUGGUUUGGAUGCAUACCUGAAAAAAGAGGCCCAAGUUCAGGUCAAGCAGUAUGUGAGCAGGCAAAGACAGCCUCUGGGUUUAAAACCCCCAAAUCUGUGGAUUAUGAUUUCACUCCGAUGUCCUCCUCUGGGGUUGAUGUUAACAGUGGUUCUGGUGGCUCAGUGGAAGAACAUACAGCUGGUGGCAGGGACUGCACUUCGAUGGCACAGAAAACUGCUGAGUUCAAAUCAGCUGGACAAGUGGAAAAUUUAGAGACUGGUGCUGAACUGAUUGAGGCUGAGGAGCAAAGUAAAAAGGAAGAGCAGUCAUCCCGAACUUCAACAGCCUGCUCAAAACCAAAAGCUGAGGAAAAAGCACAGUCUACUGGAGAGAACUCUCUAAUUCAACAGGCAGAAGAGAAUAAGGAGGAUCAGUGCAGUAACUGCGAACAUGAAAAUCUUGAAGAGGAAGCUGAUCAGCCAGCCGCUAGUGACAAUACAAACAUUAAUGAUGCUGACUGUGAAACAGAGCUGAAAGCUGAUUUGGAAGAGCAGCUUGAGAAAGAGUCUUCAAAUGGCCCAGAGCCCAAAGUUGAUACAGUCACCAGUGUGGGUACAUCCUUUGUUCAGCAAAACUCAAUGGAUCCAGACCCAGUCUGGGUCCUGAAACUACUUAAGAAAAUCGAGAAGGAGUUCAUGGCUCACUAUGUCAGUGCCAUGAAUGAGUUCAAAGUCAGAUGGAACCUGCAGGACAACCAGCAAAUGGAUGAAAUGAUAUUGGAACUGAAGGAGGAAGUGAGUAAAAGGAUACAAAAAAGCAUAGAGAAGGAGCUGAGAAAGAUCAAAACCAGAGCAGGAAAGAAGCUGCCAAGACCUCCAGAUGAACCACUCAAACGUGAGUCAACACUCCAAACUGAGCAGAGGAGACGGCGAUUGCAAACUAUGCAUAAAAAGUCACACUUCAGUGACAAGAAUGGAAACCAGACUAGGCUAGAGGAUGCAUCAGACUUAUCUUUUGAUGUAGGUAAAGAUACAGCAUUUAGUGAAGCUUUUGAGGCCAGUAUUAGUAAACAAACAAGCGAGGAGGAAUACUGCCCAUGUGACUCUUGUGUGAGGAAACAAAUGGCUUCCAAACCCACAAGAAAUCCAGUGGUGGCCGCCAAUGCCCCAGUCAUGAAAGCAUUUGAUUUACAGCAAAUCCUGAGGUUAAAGAAAAAUUAUAAUGAGGAAGCCUGUGUCUCAGAAGCAGCCCAAGAAAUCAAAACAAUUCCCAGUAGUUCUGUGGAAGAAGCAGCAGAAAAUGGCAAUCCAAAUGAGGAGAAUGAUGAGGGUGAAAUGGAAGUGGAGGGCAAUGAAGAAAAGGAGCCAGAAUUAAACAAAGUGGACAACUCAGUGUUGAAUGAAGGUGGAGAAGGGUCUGAAAUAUCAGAAAAUCAAAACUGUGAGGAAGCUGAAGCCGACAGUAAAGCUGAAGAAGAGGAUGAGGACAUUGGGGCUGAUGAUGAGGAAGAGACAUUUGAAUGCAGAGGAGAUGCUGAUGGCUCUGGAACCGUCAACAGUCCUGAAGAAGAAGCUGCAGAAGGAAGUGAAAAAGAUGAGCAGCAUGAGGCUGAAGCAGUGGAAGGCACAAAUCCAGAAUCAGAUGAGGUGUGUUCAGCUAAAGAGGAAAACAACAGUGAAGGACGUGACAAAUAUGAAGACAACAUUGAGAAACCUACUAGUGAUGACCCUGACAAGGCACAAGAAAAACAUGAAGUCAAAGGUAGCAAGGUUUCUGAGAGAGUCUUAAAGGCCAAAGAUAGAAAAAGCAGUAAAAGGCUACGGACUCUGGACAAAGCAGCUGCCUUUUCUUGUUAUUCUUCUGUAGGAAACUUCUCACAGCAAUCUCAGAAGGGGUCUGAUGAUGAAGGUGAAGAAGAAUGCACAGAUGGCUAUAACUCCAUGAGCAAUCAUCCCAAUGGAGAAAUGCAAAGUGAUGAGAGCAGCAGACCCUCACAGAUGUAUCCUGACAGUGAGGAAGAAGAAGAGGACAAAGCAUCUUCAUGCACUGAUCCUUUGGAAGAUGAGGAGCAGGCAGAGGCUGACGGUACAGAUUCAAAGGAGGUUGAACAUACUGAUAAAGUUCAGACUUCUAAGAAGAAAGAAGGCUCUAAUGAGAUUGGCCAGGAUGACCUGGACUUCUAG